GCGUGAAUGUUAUUUUGUACAUUUUGUUUUAUUAUUAAUUAAAUCAAAACAGCCGAUUGAAUUUUAAGUGAAAAAUUGGAAAUAAAAAAAAAAAAAAGUAAAAGUUGUAAAGUGAGUUGAGUUUAUUUCUAAGUAAUGCUUGGUGGCAACUGCUGUUGAUGUUAUCCAGAUAUCUAGGAUUUAUCAAGGUAUCAUGUCAGAUAAAUCUUGGAUAUAUUUGUCCAGAUGACAGGACAUUGGUGUUUAUUGUGCAAGCUUAAUUAAAUUGUUGUGAAAGCUAUAGUGUGUAUUUAAAUUUCAUUACUGGGGUAUGUUUUCAUCGAGUUAUUUGAAGUUUAUAGCCAAUGCUGUGGUAUGGAGACAGAGAGCAUAAAAUCGGGGGCUAGCGAGCACAGCCACAGCCUCCACAGUAGGACAUCAUCAAAACAUCAUAGAUCACAUAGUAAUAAAUCACAACAUCAUCGAGGUCAACAUUCACAUCGAAGUUCAAGAAACAACAGAAGUCAAAGAAAAGAAAGAUCAAAUUUAGAUACAAGUGAAAUGGCACCUUUUCAAACAACUGUUAAUGUUAGAGGAAAUAGUGUUGAAAAUGUUGGACAAGAAGUCAUUGAAGUACAAAUAUUACCACAAGAUGAUAAUUGGGGUGAAAAUACAACAGCAAUUACUGGCAAUACAUCAGAUCAUUCAGAAUCAACUGAAGAUGUUAGUCAUUGGCCAAGUGAAACUGAUGGAGCAUUUAAUUUUUCAUGUAAUAGAUAUGUUGGAUCAGUGAUAACAAUGAUUUUGGGUAUUGGUGCAUUUUUAAGUCCAAUUAUUAUGGUUGUAUUACCAAAACUUGGAUUUUUUCCUGAUUCAACAACUGUCUUAACAAUGCAACAACGUUUACAAUUAUUGUCAUGUAAUGCUGAGUGUAAAGGACAAUUACUUGGUCUUGCAUUUAAAUUAGUAUUAUUGGCAAUUGGCAGCUGGGCUGUUUUUUUAAGACCAAGAAAUGCAACAAUGCCAAGAGUAUUUAUGUUCAGAGCUGGUGUACUUGUUCUUACUUUAUUAUGUAUUUGUGCAUACUGGCUAUUUUAUGUUGUUCAGGUAACUGAAAGUGCAAGAACAACAGCAAAUGGUGAAAUAACAGAGUACAAAAGUUUAGUUAAUUAUGCUGGUACAUUUGUGGAUACAUUAUUAUUUAUUCAUUACAUUGCUGUUUUGUUAAUUGAAAUACGUCAUUUACAGCCAACAUUUUAUAUUAAAGUUGUACGUUCACCAGACGGUGAGUCACGUUCAUAUGCUAUUGGACAUUUGUCAAUACAACGUGCUGCUGUAUGGGUACUUGAAAAAUAUUACACUGAAUUUCCUAUAUAUAAUCCGUAUCUUGAUAGAUUACCAGUAUCAAAAUCAGGACGUAAACAAUCGAGUUUUAAAUUUUAUGAUGUUGAUGGUGGUAUUAAUACAAGUGUUACGUCAAGUCAAGCUAGAGGUACAGGUGAUAGAGCAAUGUUAGCUGCUCAAGCUAGAAGACGUGACUCAAGUCACAAUGAAAGAUUUUAUGAGGAGCAUGAUUAUGAGAGACGUGUACGUAAAAGACGAGCAAGACUUGUUACAGCUGCUGAGGAAGCAUUUGCUCAUAUUAAAAGAUUACAUUCAGAGUCUGAACUUGCUCCAAAUCCUGGACCAAUGGAUCCAAUGGAAGCAGCACAAGCUGUAUUUCCAUCAAUGGCUCGUGCAUUACAAAAGUACCUGAGAGUUACUAGACAACAACCAAGACACUCUGUUGAAUCAAUUCUUGGACGUCUUGCUCGUUGUCUUGCACAAGAUGCUGCACCAAAAGCUUUUCUUGAACCAUUUUUUACAACAAAUCCAGUUUUAUCAAAUGAAAAAGAACGACAAAGACGCUCACAUCAUUGGGCACUUGUUUGUGAAGGUGAAUUACCAUCACGUUCACUUGCACCAGGAUGUGAAUUUCAACUUCGUCAAGGUGAAGUUGCCCUUCUUUGUACGGCAUAUAGAUUGCCACAUUUUAGCCUAACUGAACAACUCGCUCAUCCCAAGUCUAACAAGUUUCUUCUUCGAUUAAAUUCCGAAACGUCUGUGUAAUAGUUUUUUAUUUU